UGGUUUACUAUUACAUUACCAUAGGCCAGUACUUCUAAAUCCUUACACGUUUACACUGCCGCAAAUAAGCUCGUGUUCAAUGCCAUGGCGUUUCGCUGCAGUAAAACCAGCUAAGGAUUUUUCCUUCAUAUCCUAUGGAUAGUUUUUUUUCGUCAUGCGGGAAGAGUAUAGUCUCGAGUAUUGUUUUGACAUAGGAAUUUAAACUUUCACUUGGAGUUGUGUGCACAUCGAUGCUUGACCUCCAUAACCGAAUUCUGACUUUUUCCUGUGGCAUUUCGAAGACGGAUGCACAAUCGCUGCGGAAGUUUUCGAGAAGGAAAUUUAUCGAAUGUUGCUUGAUGAUUCGUGUGGUUCUUCUACUUGUUGAUAGAUAUGAGACAACGCAGAUUUUCCAAUGAUAAAAAUGGUACAGAAAGAAUAAAUAUACCAAGAAAAUCACCGAGUGAUUACGCUGAUGCGUUGGAAAGAAAAUUACAACUUAGAAGACCACGGGAGCAGUUGAUAAAUCAGGGAAUUAUGCCUGCGGCAAUGACAGCCCCCGGUUUGCUGUCUCAAAAGUCUAAACUCGAGCGGGCAAAGACUGGAGAUCUACUACAAAAAAAGAUUCGAGUUCGUCCAAAUAGAGCACAGCUUGUACAAAGACACAUUCUUGAUGACACCUCUGUUGGUGUUGACCCCUCACUGAUUGCAAAGCAGAUCCAGCUGAAAAGGAAAAAGUUGGAGGAUGAUUUGAAUGACAAGCUCCUUGCAAGACCAGGUCCUUUGGAGUUAGUGAAAGAGAACAUUUUAGAGGCUGGAACUGCAGUAGGCCAAGCUGUCAAGGAGGGAGAAGUUGAUUUUACGGAUACAACCAAAUCUGCCCUCUUACAGCCAAUUUCCCCUGACUCUGAAAGCUCUCCUAUUCCAUCGCCUGAUACCAUUCCGCAAGCUCCCGUUGCUACUGCAAAAACAGUGUAUGAACCAUGCAUGGGUCAGAACUCAGUUUUACAAGCUGUUUCGCAAUUGCAACAGUUGUCGGAAGGAACAACCAUUCCUACUGUGUCAGAGGCUCAAGGUGUUAAGAAGGAAAGGAGAAAGAAGGCGGCAAAACCGAAAUUUAAAAAGUAUAAAUAUCAUGAAUAUAGGCCUCCCAAUGGGGAGGUUGAGAAGAGCAGUUUGCCGAUGGACUCGCCCUAUGCACUUAUGUUACAACAGCAGCAGCUAUAUUUACAGCUACAGGUGUUAUAUCAGAACUAUCCUUGUCAGUUUGUUGGGUUACCCUCUAUUCCAGAGAAUUCUACUAAGAACACUACCUCUAAUAAUAAUAAUAAUGAGGAAAAACCAGUAAAGAUUGAAGAUAUGCGGGUUGUUGAUAUGCGUAAGGAACUGAAACUACGUGGACUUCCAGUGUCUGGUUCAAAGACUGACUUGAUUGAAAGGCUAAAGGCUUCUAGUGAAGAAUCUGCAGUGUCGUCCCAAAUACUUGUAUCUUCUAGUAGUCCUAGCAUUAUGGCAACUUCUGGUUCAGUGAGUUACUCAGAUGCACCUAUUAACGUCUCUUCUGCAAUGACAAGUCACGGUCAGCUUUCAAGGUCAAACUCAUUACCACUAGAAAACCCACACGUACAACAACUCCAGAUGCAACUGAUAGCUAAUAACCAAAAGUUGAAUCAGCAAUACUCUACCAUGCCAGAGGAGCUGCAAAAGCAGUUGCAACAACUACAGUACCUUAACCUCCAGAUGCAGCUACAACGGCUGAACGUUCAGCAGCCACAAGUGACCUCUGUCCAGACCACUUCCCCCAUGCAGCAACCAGUCAUGCUGAGCACCCAACAGAUGCCGUCACCCAACACAAGCAUCAAACAAGAGCCACAGCCACCAGAAACCUGUAUAUUCUCACAGCAGCCACCGCCACAGCCUGCCAUAAAGAAGGUGGCAUCGUCACCUCAGUUCUCUUACAACCAGACGCCUCUCUUUGAACAAUCGCAAAGUUAUGAAGAGAUGAAUUUCCACUCACCAGAAAGUCCAGCUUCGGGGCUUGUUCUUCUUCAAGCUGAGGCGAAUAGACUUAAUCAUAGUCCAAGCCACAGUGAGCAGGAUUUGCGGCAAAUUGAGAGCACUGAUUUUAGCAUGGGUUGGAGCCCUAAGUCACAUCAGUCACAGGAUGUGCCUUCUCCAAAUAGCACCUUUAUGGUCACUACACAGGCUGAUGCACAGGCAAGGUUGCUGGAUGGUGCAGGUUUUAUGCAUGCCAAGCCUAAGAUGGAGUCUAUGCAGAGAUCGUAUUCAAACUCAGAAAGGAGUCAAGUGGAGGAUGGCAAAACCGCAUUGUCAGGAAUAACAAUGGAGGCGAAACCAAGAUCUAAUUCCGAGCCACCGCAACCAUUCAGCCAUAAACGAUCAUCAUCACUGCCAUCUGGGGUGUUUUUUGUUGAUCAUAUUCAGCCACCUCCGAGCUACGAGGCGCAUAUGGCGGGCUUGAUGCAGCGUAAAGUUGGACCAGAGUAUUCAUCACUGCAGCAACAGCAUCUACAACAACAGCUGCAGCAACAACAACUUCAGCAACAACAGCAAUUACAUCACCAACAACAGCAACAGCAGCAACUUGCAAAGAGUGAUGACACUGAUAUGGACACAUAUCAAGAGCAGGAAAUCACUCAGGAGCUACAAAGGGCAAUGAUGAAACAGCAGGUUGGACUAGAUCAUGAUGAAAUUCUAGAGAUACUUGGUGCUUCCAUAAGCCCAACAUCAGAAGCAAAGGUGCAAACCUCCCUCGGAAACCAAGUCACAACCAGCACAGCAAUUGCCAAUCAAAUGUCGCCACACAAUCCUAUGACGAACCACCAUCACCUGCCCAACUUACAGAUCCCCAAAUCCCCUAGCACUGGAUUCCUGGGGACCCACAUUUUGCAGAAUCAACCAAUUCAAGCACGGCUCUCUAAAAGCUGUGAGGAUGUAGCUGGGGUCAACCUAAAUUCCAAUAAGAACAGUAUGCAGAUAUGCAAUGAUGGAAGUUUCCCGGACUUUGAAGCCAUGAUUAUGAGUCCAAGCUCGCCGAUGAAAAUAGACAAUGAUAAUGACUACCAGGGUAUUAUGAUGCACCCUACAAAUAGCAUCCCAAUUCCUGGGUCAAAAAAUGAUAGCCUUAGCUGGCUGGACUUGAACAAUUCUCCUAUCAUCACUAGUACAUCUCCAGGAUCUCAUACGGAUGUGACCUAUGCCACAAGGGGUGCACCGCCCGCGUCCUUGUAUGACACAUCGCCCAAUCUCUCAAGCGAACAUUUUCCUAUGUCCUUGUUUGAGUUGGAUGGGGGAUCUGGGCAUCUGCCACAUGAUUUCCCAGAGGCCAUGGAUUUCUGUGUAUAAUGACAAGGUGGUCCUUUUUGUUAUCAAAAAGUUGUGGUAAAUCUUAAGAAGGAUAGCUUUAUUUGUGUAGUGUAUUUUCUGGUUUCUUUUUCGUUUUUCAAAUGUAUUUAGCGGCUCAUGCACCCAAAUGAGUAUGAGUAGGGAAAAAUUAAGGUUAACAGUGUCUCGCAUUUGAUAGGUUUUUUUCUCUGGGGUUAUUCAAGUCUAAAUUUUCGGUGUUUAUUGUUUGUUUUUAGGGUGUUUGGUGAAUUGCAGUUACUUAAACAAUUUUGUCCUGUUUAUCCUAAAGUUUUAUUUUUUACUAUUUCACUGUUUCAACAACUCUAAUGUCAGCAAGUUUAUGACCUGAAUCACUUUCCAUUUUUAUUUUGGUAGUCAUUUAGGUGUCUUUGAUGUUAUAUUAUUUUGGUCCCUUUUACAGGCACAGGUGAGAAAUCGCAGACAACAUCUGUACUCUAAGCAGAAGCAAGCACCUAUUGUUAUAACUAGGCCACCAACCACCAUUCUAAUUAAUUUGGUUUAAAUUGUGUAAAAAAAUUAGAACUGUGUUUUUGUGCUUCAAUAACACAGGUGGUUUUAUCAAAACACUUGCAUUUUAGAGAUUAUUAAUAUUUUCACUACUUUCCUCAAUUUCAUUCCAAUUCAUAAUACUCCUCAGAUUGAUCACAACUAAAAUAUAAAACUCAGUAACCUUGCAAGAACAAGCAAUUUGAUUGGUUGAGAAACUCGGGAUAAAAUGCAAUAUACACCUCCUAGGAGGUGGAUAUUUUCCUGCGCCCCUAAAAUCAAGCAAAAUGGCGGGUGUGACAGCGAUUUGCAAGUGUUUCCGAAAAGAAAAUUGCUCUAAAGAUUGUUUUAUAUUCUAAAACAGCGGAUAGUGGCUUUAAAAAUAUCUACCUUGAGCCUUCGGCCCUCGGUAGAUAUUUCGCCACUAUCCACCUCAAUGGAAAUGGUAUAAUUGAUAAAUAUUCGUGUAGGAUAAUAAUUAUCCAUGUAUUGUUUACCCAUUAAAUGGUUACAUCAAAACAAUAUAAAAUUAAACAGUUUGUUAUUUUUCAAAAUGUAAACCUUCAGAAAAAACGUCAACAUUUUUGUGAAUCAUAAAUCAUCUUCAAAGAUGUUAAAAGUUUUGCAGUUUCAUGCAAAAAACUCACUUAUAUAGUGUGUUUGGCAUACAUAAGCUUAACAUGAAUUAGUUGAGCUAAAAUCAAGGCAAUUUUCAAGCACAUUGAUUAGAUAAGGUCCAAUUUCCCUUUUUGCUUUAAUUGAACGCAGCAAUAAAAAAAUAAGUCUAACUCCCUUGCCUAAACUAUGAACUAGUGCAAACUUUUAAAAGGUUUGGACUUCAUUUAAACUUUGUUAAAGCCUACAUGGUGCAUAGCAAAGUUUGCUAACAUCUGACUGUGUUCUUGUAUUUUUCUUUCUUUUAAAAAAGAAAUAUGAGCAAGUUUUCCUGCAUAUUGCAACACAUUUUUUUGUUGCAUUGUGAGUUGUGAAAAAAAAAAUGCCUACAAUACCUACUUUUAGCAACUUGCAAUGUAAUGUUUUGUUGUGUUGCUAUUUGCAUGAAAAGAACUAGAACUAGAAGCAUUGGUUUCUAGUUUUUACAAACCAGUGGGAAAAAAUUGUCCUGUGUAUUGUGUUUCUGGAACCUACAUUGCAAUUAGCAGAGAAAAUUUGGUGUUACUUGGCCUUUAGCCCCUGGCGCAAAACAAAGGAAUGUAUCAUUCAGUAGCCACUAGGGUUAAUUGUUUCUUGUUUUUUGUUUUUUUAGGAUUGAGGUUGAAACAUUCAUCAUAGUUGUGUUAGCAUUUUAUAAACAUUUUUGUUUUUUGCUCUUUAUUCUAAUUUUAUAGUUGAACCAAUUAAGACGUACUAAGCUUGCAGAAAAACAAGACAUUUUUCUAGUUAAUUGAUAAACCCCUGAUAUUUAAAAUAUGGCUUUUUGCUUUGAUUGAACACUGAAUUAGUUUUAUUAUAAAAGAAUACUUAAUAAGAACCAUGAUUUUACCAACUAUAAACCUCCCUACUUAUUUCACGUUAAUCUUUACUUACGUUAAUUGUACCUCAAUAUAACAACUCCAAAGAUUCUUGGACUGCCUCUUGUUAUACGGAGGUUCAAGCAUAGCCGUCUAAAGUUAUCCAAAGUUUGUUUAAUAUUGUACAAAGUAUACAUAGAUGUAGCCCUAUAAACAAUAUAGAAUCUAGUUUUCCUUGUUCUCCUUGAAAAAUACAGCCAAUUGUAAUUGCGAAAAUAAUGUUACAAGAACCUGGGGAAUGUACAAAUUGGUGAACUGAUAUUGUAGAACUACAUUAAAACAUGUAAAUGAU